CUGCAAUAAAUUACGCCCAUCCUUCUUGGGUAUAACUCCAUUACCCAUCCAUUGAUAAGCAAAUCCAACCAACCCGCCGAACGGGUAGAAAAGGCAAGCGAUGCUGGAGAUGGCUAAGAUCGAAGACGCGCAGAGUGGCACUAAUGUGCUACUUGACUUCCGUACAGCUUUCUGCGGAAGCGUGUUCGAGAAGUAUCACAUUCUCCCAGUCCAAGUGGCUUCCUUGGACGUGCAUCCGGUCGCCAUCAAGCCGGAGGGGAUGUUUUUCUGUAAUUUACGAGAUUUCUUGCUGCUGCCGGGAAAUGUUGAUCUCCUGACGACUGAUGGGGACAGCUUCAUCAAAAGAUUUGCUGACUUUGAGAAUGCUGGAGCAGAUAUUACCGACUGUUGUGCGGCUGCGGCGAUCGCUAGCCAGUUCUGGACGACGACAAGGCGACGUCAGGAUAUCCGCGACGAGCAAGGUGAGAUUCGGUCAGGAAGCGAUGUCACCCGCGAGAGUGAUGUGGCUCUUGCUUUGAAAAUGUUCAACUUUCUGAGGAACAAAACUAUUUUCGGCGAAGUCAGCGAGUUGCACGCUUUGACACAUCUCAUUGAUUUCGAUUUGGUGGGAGCGGACAAUCGCCGUUUCCCGCUGCGAAUGCUCAUGUGGGACGACUAUCGUGGUUGGAAUGUCGAAGGGGGCUGGAGAUCCGGGACCGCGAGACGGACCUCCUGGUCGCCAAAGCAGAUGGUGGUCCCCUCGGGGGGGAUUCGGCCGAUGAGACAAAGCUCGAGAUUUUGGCUGAGGAAGCCGUGGAGCAACGGUAUAAGCCACACGGCGAUGUUCCUACGGUGCAAAGAGUGUCGGGACGUUUCUGCCUCUCUGAUUUCAAUGGGGAACAGACAGUGGAAUUUUGUCAAAGGGACUUCUUUGACUUCGAUGGUACACGGACGUCGACGAGAUCUUUAAAAUCUUGGGAAACGAAAAAAUGUUGGCCAUAUGGGAUCUUCGUAAAGCUUAUUUCGUGAGGCGCGAGUUCAACCACAUUUCGUUCUCCGGCCGAUCCGAGUUCGAGCGGUUAAUUCCAGUUGCUGCUUCACUGUGUUAUCUCCAUAACCCAGAGAGACGGGAUGGUGACUUCGACUCUGUUGUCGGACUGUUUCACCUUCGCACAUCAUCGCUAGAACAGGCACAGCAUAGAGAUGGAAGAAACCGAAGACGUUUCGACUGCAUCUUCAAAGGAACAUGCUGGGAGAAACUGCCUGAGGAGCUGAUCGAGCAGAUACUGGGGUUGCUGAAACAUCCCCGACGACACAGGUUCAGACCUGCUCAACCCCAGCAGUGAGGGACACAUAAAGAGUGCUCCCCACCAGUAAGCUAUAUAUAUUCACCGAAGCGACGAGACCAAACAAAAUCAAUGUUGCAAACGCCU